UUGAAUCUUACUUCCUUUUAGUUACAUUGCAGGCUGUUGAGGUUACGUACAAUUUUACACAGCCAUCAAAUACCGCAAUGUAGUAAAACUCGUAUGCGAGUUCUCGUACCGUCUAAAUGGGUCCUUAUUAUCUAACACGCAUUGGGCAUCCGUCCCCUUCAUAAUGCUAAUGAGAAGAUAAUGACUACAGUAACCGAUUCCAUGUUAGUUUGGUGUUGUGUUUAGACGCAGGAUGACGUACGAGUGGAAGGAUAAAGUUGUUUUGAUCACGGGGGCCGCUAACGGCAUUGGAGCGGCAAUGGUGCGACAUGUAUUGGAAGAAGGCGCUAAACACAUUGCCAUUCUGGACGUAGACGAGACAUCAGGCGUGGAUCUCGAAAACGAACUUAACUCAAAGCAUGAUUCUGGCAAAACGAGAUUUCACCACUGUGACGUCACAAACGAUGAUCAGCUGUUCGCAGCCUUUGACUCACUGGUGAAGGAACAAGGGAACAUCGAUGUGGUCAUCAACAACGCGGCACUUAUGAAUGAUUCUCCUAAUGUUUACAAGAAGGAAAUUGAAAUCAAUGUGACAGCUCUUAUAACAAGUACAUUGAAGGCCUUGGAGUUAAUGAGAGUAGAUGAGGGUGGCAAAGGAGGAACCGUCAUAAACAUCUCCUCAAUCGCUGCGCUGUCGCAAUCUCAUUGGGUGCCCAUAUAUUUUGGCACGAAGGCCGCUGUUCUACAGUUCAGUAACUGCAUUGGAAAAGAGGAUUACUUCAUACAAACCGGCGUGCGAGUGGUGACGGUGUGCUUCGGAGCCACGGCCACCGAGCUGGUCAAAGAUACCAAGCUGGGGUCUCUCGACAAACACAUCACGUCAAAGAUCAUGGCUGAUGCGUUUGAAGCUAAAUUAUAUUAUCAGAAAGCAGAGUCGGCAGCAGCGGGCGUAGUGUCGGCGUACAAGCAAGCGGUCAGUGGCAGCACAUGGCUGGCCACACGCGACCUGCCUGUGAGAGACAUCACCGACAACGUCAACCGCGCCUACCAGAUCCUUGGCGAAUUCAACUAGCAUUUACUGAACUAUAAACAAGGUGCAGAGCAGACCUGUCGCUUGGGAUAUCACCGAUGACGUCGUCCGCGCCUAUCAGAUCCUUGGCGAUUUCAACUAGGAUUAGGUGCUAAAGUAUAAACAAGGCCCAGCCGGCCUAGCCGAAAUGACAAUCGUUGACGCUAGAUGCCGAUCGAAACGUAGUGUGGCUCUGUCCGGCCAAUACGGAAGAAUAGCGAUAUUAUUACGAUAAUAAGGGUUUUUGAAUUUGGCUAUACGUACCCGAAGCAGACCUGCCCGCCAUGGAUAACACCGAUAACAUCGUCCGUGCAUACCAGGUCCUUGGCGAAUUCAACUAGCUCUUUACGGCGAAUAUUUAGAAUAAAUAAUAAUUAUAACACUAAGA